CAGUUCUACCAAAAUUCUUGUUUGAGAAAUUGCUCUUUGCUAACAAGCUAUUUUUGUUUAUUUUUGUGUAGGCCUAUGCUUUGUUCCAACUUAUACCUGAUGUGUUGUGGAUGCACUAUACCUGACCAUGAUAAGGGGAUAUCAGACGUUUAGUAAGGAACAGAACAAUAUGUCCAGAAUUGAGGGAAAGGUGCUCUAGAACACAACAUAAACACAUCUUGAAUUAGUUGAUGAGGAGUAAGGCUCUGCAUGGGGGAUUUAUAGAUUUUACAGUUUUCAGUGUGUUUAGUAUCUCACCACAGCAUGGAAAUGAGAAACUGGGAGUUUGGCCUUAAUUGAUAAACCUUGACGAGACACUUAUUGUAUUAGGCAAAUGUGCUGUGACGUCCCAAGGCUGGAAUAUAAGCCUCCCUUGCUAGUGCAGUUGAGGGAGGACUCAACAUAACCAACCAACAAAGAGUGCUCUGUCAGUCCUGGGAGAGCAAUCGGCUGGGAGACAACUAACCGACUAGCAUGGGGCAGAAUCAAGAUAAGGUGGAGGAUGAACAGGCCCGCGGUGGAGAAGCGGAGGAGAGGGGGCCCUGCAUCGACCUGGAGGAUGCAAGUGGGGGCACGGGCGUUGCCAUGGAGGGAGGAACCCCCCGUGAGGAGGCCGGUAAUGCCGGGGAGGAUCCAGGGAAAGCAGCCGCUGAGAAUCUGGAUGAAGGCCCAGGCAGCGAGCCAACAACACCUUCGGCAGAGAAAAACCUUAGCACUCAGAAAAGGGUGAGUCCUUCCAUGGAGUGGGAGGUGAGAGAGGAAGGGGCUGGAGGAGAGGAGGGAGGCAGGACUGUUCUACUGACUCCACAGGAUCCGGACAAUAGCCAGAGCCCAGAGAGUCACACACAGAGUGAGGUGAAGGCCAGAAUACCCAGACAAUCCACCCAAAACGAGAGGGAUAAGGAGAAGAAGGAGGGUAAAACUGCCAAGAUGUACCGUCGAGAUGAGAGAACAGCUUCACAUCAGAAAAACCUGGAAGAAAACCUCUGCUCUGCUUUAGGGGAAGUUACUGGGCAGAUAACUGAUGCCACUGUUUCAAUGGGUGAGGCCACCAUGGAAUACAAGAAGGAGGGUUCUGUAGAAGUUGGCAUGGGUGGGACUAAUACGGGAACUACUGAUGACGUCGAACAAGAGGGAGGAAGAAAGAAGUUGCCUGUUCAGAAAGACCAGGAAAUGAAAAAUGGAACCUCCGAGGCCGUUGAGGAUGAAGACACCGAGUGCACUGAUGGAGCUGUAGGUGGUUUGAGAGAAUUGAAGGGUCCCUGUAAGACUAAACGUCAAUCAUCAUUGAAAAAGACCAAAGGGAAAAAGUGUCUGUCAGUUGUGGGUGGGACCUUGAACCAUGACCAUCCAACAGUGGGAAAGGUAAAGCCACAUGACAAUGAAAACAAGGGUGACAUUGAGAAAGAGAAUAAAGCGUCAGAGGCAGCAAGAUGUGACAUCAAGUCUGGCCUGAAUGAUAAUCACAAACAAAGUGAGCUGGACAGGGCAGGAUCCCCUACAGUUGACCCUCCCAAUCAAGGGGACAAAGAAGACCUGUCCAUGGUGCCUACAGUAGGGCCAAGCUCUAUUUUGGAGAAGCUACUGAAAAGAAACAAAAAUGAGGCAUCUCCAGAUCUCACCAAAGUUAGAAAGGUGGUCUCUGUGUCAAGGGACCAGUCUGACGACCAUGACCAGCUGAAAACAUCUGAGACAAAGCCUCCUUCACAGGGUGUUGAGACAGGGGCGAUAUCAACACCAAUAUCAGCAGUGAAGGAAACAAAACCAAAACAUGUCGUAAUGAAAACAACACCAAAAUCAUCCGCUGAUGUUGCAAAGACAGCUCCAUCAGAUAAAAAUAUCCCUGAAUUACAGUGCGAUGUUGAGGAAGAAACCAUGUCGUCAUCAUCCUCUGUAUGUGCAACAGAGAGACCCCCUGGAGCAGAAGUUAACACCAAGCCCUGCCAUGAAGAGGAUCAUCCACAAAGUCUGACAAAGAGUGAGCAGGCAGCGAAAACUGCUCAAGACUCCACAGAUAUAAUCUGUCUACCAGCUUCACUUCUAGAGACUGAAUCUGUCACUGAGCGAGAAGCGAGGACAUCCUCACCAAUGGAUGAAGCUGACUGUAAAGAUUCAGAGCAGGAUUCAGCAACAACAGUUGCCUCGCACCAAAACGUGGAGAAGACGAUGGAAAAUACCCCCCCAGCUGAAACGCAGUCACCAGAGAGCUCACAGAGUCCACAUGUUGAGGGCAGGCCCUCCUCGAGGAGUGAUGUGGAUGAAUCCCCCAGCACUAUCCCUGUCACUGAGAUUCCAUCACAAACAGAAAAUAUCACUGCUGGGAAAACAACACCUAGCCUAUGCACCUCAGAGGCCUUGCAUGAUGAUUCUAUGGAGGAGGCUAAGACCAAUAAGGACCCUCGUCAAAUUACAGACAUCCCAGUUGUAGUGAUAGAGGCUACCCUGGCCUCGGUAGGAACUGGGAUGGCUCUAUCAGAAGAAAGCCAAGGGAGUAUGGAUGAGAAGCUUCAGUCUCAAAAUGAGACUUUAAAAACAGAGCCUCUGUCACAGCAAGUCACAGAGCGCACCACUGCAGUACAUUAUGAUGAAAAGUCUACCCAGGACAACGACGAAACUGCCUCAGAGUGUGACAAACACCAGGAUACUCCUAAAUCAAGGCCUGUUUCUGAACUCAUAAAGGAGAACAUUCUACUACAAGAAAAGCUGAAGCAUCCAGAUUUGACAAAGCCAUUGGAAGCAAAGCCUGAUUGGGUUUCGGAGCAAGCCCAGUCUGUGAAGGUGGCUCAAAUGUUGGCGGCUUUUGACUUCCCCAAGAAGUCCCCAGAGAAGGCACUGGAGAGGAAACCAUCUGUGAGAAAAGAUAUGUUCAGGCGAGUUGUACGAGCGAGCAAAUUCCGUCAUGUCUUCGGCCAGGCGCUGAAGAAUGACCAGUGCUACGACGACAUCAGAGUGUCGAGGGUCACAUGGGACAGCUCGUUCUGCGCCGUCAACCCCAAGUUUGUCGCUAUCAUCAUAGAGGCCAGCGGAGGCGGGGCCUUCCUGGUCCUCCCUCUUCACAAGUCGGGCCGCAUUGACAAGGCCUACCCCACAGUGUGUGGUCACACGGGCCCUGUACUGGACAUCGACUGGUGCCCCCACAAUGACCAGGUCAUCGCCAGCGGCUCGGAGGACUGCACGGUCAUGGUGUGGCAGAUCCCUGAGAACGGGCUGGUUACCGGCUUGUCUGAGCCUGUGGUGGUCCUGGAGGGACACUCCAAAAGGGUUGGCAUCAUCACAUGGCACCCCACGGCACGCAACGUCCUGCUCAGUGCGGGCUGUGACAACCUGGUCAUCAUCUGGAACGUGGGGACGGGCGAGGCCAUGAUCCAGUUGGAGGACAUGCACCCUGACGUCAUCUUCAGCGCCUGCUGGAACCGCAACGGCAGCCUCAUCUGCACCGCCUGCAAGGACAAGACCAUCCGCGUCAUCGACCCCCGCAAGGAAGAGAUUGUAGGGGAGAAGGAGAAGGCACACGAGGGGGCGCGGCCCAUGAGGGCCAUCUUCCUGUCGGACGGGAACGUGUUCACCACAGGCUUCAGCCGUAUGAGUGAGAGACAGCUAGCCCUGUGGAACCCGCAAGCCAUGGAUGAGGCAAUCUCAGUGCAUGAGAUGGACACCAGCAAUGGAGUCCUCUUGCCCUUCUAUGACCCAGAUACCUCUGUGGUUUAUCUGUGUGGUAAGGGUGACAGCAGCAUUCGCUACUUUGAGAUCACGGACGAAGCCCCUUUCGUCCACUACCUCAGCACCUUCACCACCAAGGAGCCCCAGAGGGGAAUGGGAUACAUGCCCAAGAGAGGCCUGGACGUCAACAAGUGUGAGAUCGCCAGGUUUUAUAAACUGCACGAAAGGAAGUGUGAACCGAUCAUCAUGACUGUGCCAAGAAAGUCUGACCUGUUCCAGGACGACCUGUACCCAGACACGGCAGGACCAGACUGUGCCAUUGAGGCGGAGGAUUGGUUCGAGGGGAGGAACGGCGAGCCCAUCCUCAUUUCCUUGAAGAACGGUUACGUCCCUGGCAAGAACCGCGACCUCAAGGUGGUCAAGAAGAACAUCCUGGACAACAAGCUGAGCAAGAAUGCGGAGAACACGGGCACAGUCAACAAGUCUGCCUCAUCCACUCCAUCCAUAAAAAACGAAGGCAAGCUGGAAGAGAUCUUGAAAGAAAUCAAAUCCCUCAAGGACCUGGUCAGCAGUCAGGAGAAGCGAAUCAUCCAACUCGAGGAGCAGAUGUCCAAGAUUGCCAUUUAAGGACCCUCCCCUCGCCCCGCCACAAUUCAGGACGAUCCGUUGGCUGGGAGGUGGGCGGGACACGUCACUGGCAAUCUAGACGAGUGUUCCGCCUGAAACCUGCCUAGUAACGAUCCCAGGCAACAUUCCGAGAUUAACUUUUUUCUUAGCCAGCCCCUAACCCUCAGAUAAAACAGAUGAAAUAUGGCAAACCAUUCCUUUUAAUAAGCGGCAGUUUAGUUUUGUUUGUAUGAAAAUUCUUACAGAUUCCUUUUAAGAUUGUGACCAAGAAAAUUCCAAUGUGAACAGUUCCUAUGUUUUUAUAUGUAGGUAUCAGUAUUUUGUCUCCCCCAUACCCCAACUUCUUAUCUUGCCAAAUUUUUAAGCAGUUUUGUUUACACACCACCUUGACAGUAUAUAUUUUUUCUUUUGUUUUCACUUUGUUUUCUGGGAAGAUUCAAAAUCCGAACUAUAAGGAACAAUGCAAUACGCUGGUAAUGCAAGGAGCAGGAUUUCAACAAUCAAUCAAAUACUGUAAAAGACAUCAAUGAGAACAGACCACUAAACACUCAGAAAUUGAUCCUGAUGUAUCAUAGAGCGUUUAGAUAUCAAAGACAACAGAAGUACUGAGGUAUACAAGUGGUGACAUCAUUCAUGCUGUAAGUAUUGUAUGAAAGGUUGCCUUUUGUCUUUUUUUCCUACAUCGUAACGGGACCACUGUCUACACUUGCUAACAUCGCCUGACCAGAGUUAAUGCAUGCAAUAGAUAUUCUACUCGAGAGAAAUUCUCCGUCUUUGGUCUCUAGCUUGUCUUACUAAGCAAGCAGCAAACAGUCCUUUCAUAUCAUUUGAUACCUUCUAUAACGUAUGUAUGCAUCUUUCGCAGUAAACAACUUGAACAACGUUUUCAUCAUCUCCAUCUAUUUUGUGUCACAGGAACAGAAAGGGUAUUAGUGAACUAGAUAAAAAUGACAGGUUAGAUGUCAUCUGUACUUCUCGUAGCCUUUAGAUUUCACCUUAAACAGGUUUCUUGUUUGUAGUUUACAAUGCACAUGCCCCAAUCCAAAAAUAAUUUUCAAUAAUUUCGGUGACCACUGUGAUCAACAUCGUUAGUUCCAGUCUUAUGAAACAGAGGUUUGUCAGUAUGUCCCCACUCCCUCUGGCCCUGUGACACAGAUGGUAUGUAUGUACUGUAAGCUCUGCACUGUAAGUCACAGUGCUACUGACUCAUGACAUGCAGUCACCUGGGGUGCUUCUUUUGUACAGGUUCGUGUGGCAAUGACCUGUGUGCUGCCCAGAGAAGGACCAAUGGAAUUGUGGGUUAUGUCGCUGGUUAACAUUUUCACAUGCUUUCAGUAGUAUAUCAGACUUGUUCUGCCUCUUGAGGUGUUUGUGUGUCGAUUGUGCAGUCAUAAACCCCAAUGUUGAACCAUGCCCUUGUGUUCAGGGUCCGUGUGCUAGGAUGCUCACUAUUCACCAUCUCAUUGGCCCAUAUCCGUACAGCCGACCAGAGUGAGUGACGGGUGUGUCUGAAACUAAAACAAUUUGAUCCUGUUUUGAACCUCUGUUGUUUGACAACGGACGACAAGAUGUAACGUGGAGAGGCAAGGCUUUCAGGAUGUGCGAAUAUGUGCCUCGUAUUACUUUGGCCUUGUUGGAGUUUUUUGUUUCCCCAGAUAGGGAAUGUGAGAGGGAUUUUGGAUAUUAAAUGGAUUCACCGUAGGGUGUGACCAAGGUUCUGGCCUAUGAUAACAGAAUUAGAUGGUGUGGUGGUGAUGAUAGUCAUUUAAAUACUGUAUGUUUUAGUCUUGCUUCCUUCUCCGGCUCUCCCAUUGCAGAUAUCCCACUAUGUACUUCCUUAGCAGAAUUUUAAAUAGCUAAAUACUCUGUCACAUCACUAGAGAAUCAGAGGAACAAGGAGUCGUUUGGAUCAUCUGAAUAUUUGAUGGUGUUGCCAACUACGAUAAUACAGUAGGUUCUGUUGUCAUGCUAUUUUUGUUUAUUUUCCAGGCGGGGUGGGUUAAGGUUCAAUAUUAGCCUUUAAAGUUUGUUACCACUGAAUAGAUCAGAAAGUGCCGUAGAGGUGUGCACAGGAAGUGCUUAUGGAAGACAGGGUUUGAGAAUGGUGUGAGUUAUUUAGCAGGAUAGGGAGUGAAUGGGCUGCCUGAGUGGCUAGAAAGCACUGAGAAAUGUACGUUUUCAUCAAUCCAUCUUGGAAUCCAAGUAUCUAAGAUUAUAACCAAGGAUGCAAUUGGACACAGAGAUAUGGAUUGGCCAGGGCCAGGGGAGGUUGUCUUGGGUCUUGUGUCCUGUAUGUACAUCAGUGCUUCUCCUGGGCCUCCUUGGACCACUCAAGGCAGUGAGAGCUGUGGACACGGUAGGUUGGUGAAAUAUGUAGAGAUGUAUGUGAUGUUUGGAAAUAAAGGCCUAGAAUAUGAUUGAAAGCUUUGUAAAUAACAUGACCAUGUAAUUGUAUUUUUCUUUGUACUUUUUCUUAUUCAUUUGUUUUGUUUUUGAGCUGAAAGAGGGUGUUUGUUUAUGGUGGGUUUUAAAUGUUUCCUCUUGUCUGCGUUCCCUGCCCUUGCCAUAAUGCAUCAUGACAGAACAGAAUCUCCAUUCUGUCACCGGUAUUAUAGAUACAAAAAGAGCUCAAUGAAUUACAGAAGAAAAACGAACAAGAAUUCAGCCUCUUGUGGAGGUCUGUUCAACAUUUUUGUUAAUUUCUCCUGCUUCAUGUAUCAACAACUCAUUGAUUAUCAGAAAAAUUAAUAAAGAAAUGAAAAGUU